AUGCGCAUUAUCCCGGCGAAUUUAAUAACCGGCUACAUCGCAUUGGACAAUAACAUGAACUCUGUAGCAGUUCUCAUGGCUGACUAUAACUUCCACCCUCCAGGAUACCGCAUGUUCGCAUUUGAGUCAGUUGCCCAACAGGACGCCUUUGUUGCCUAUUUGGACAAAAUUCUGGACCAAACACUUGCCUUCUUGCGCAGUCAACCAGAUGUGGUGCAUGAGACCAUCACAAUGGAGAAACUGCGGAUCGAUGAGAACAACCGACAGCAAAGCAACAUGCGGCAGGAGGAAGAACCAAAUGGAAUAAUUGGUGAGCUUCCGAGGGUUCGUCCCAGGUUGACCCUCUAUAGUCCAAGACAUAAGCGAAACUCUCGACACAGCAUAGCCUCCAGCGUGUCGCAAAUUGAACUCUGUAACACGAGGGACCGACCACCAAGACGGGAAUACUAUUAUUAUCGACCCCUCUGAGCUAACAGCUGGCGCUUCAAUCAACCCAGAAAUGUACAUUGACUUGCAAACGUUCCAUCCGUGUAGGUUUCUAUUCCCACAGCAGUGUGGUCAAAGCUAAAACGCUGUGGUCAAUGGACAUCACCAGAAGCAUUAUUUUCAGUUCAUGGGAAUAAGGGAUAAAACAAGGGUAACCCUGCUCAACUGCCUGUUAUACAAAUUAAUAUGUGAAAUUAUUAUUACUUAUUCAACUGAGACAACAUCAGAACUGAAAUUAACGGCUUGUUUUUCUGUUUACAUCUGGGUAGGAAAGCAUUGGCUUGUAGCAAGGAGAUGUUUAUGUAAGGUAUCGGAACGUGUUUUCAAUCAAGUGUACACAAGCGUGUCUGUGUCAGAAGAUAAACAGGGUCUGACAGAUGAAACCCAGUGUUUUAAUCGCUCACCAUGAAUAGUCUCUGAUUUAUUAGGUUUUAUGAUUAUUUUCAUCAACUUGUAUAAAAAGCCCGGAUUUAUAUAAAGUCAGUGGUAUUUCUGCAGAGUCGAUUUUGUAUAAAUACGUUUCCAGAAACUUUUCCAAUUUCCGAAUAAUUUUGAACCCGACCUACUGUUAGACUUGCAUUCAGGGUUUCCAAACUACAAACCGUAUAUUUUUCCCGUAGAGAAAACCAUACAUUUAUCUACGGCAUUAAAAGGAGAUCAUAUGCGAUUCAUUAAAUUUAGCAGUGGAUUUGAACCCUAUUGUUAAGUUAACAAGCCAUAUUGAAAAAUCCAGAGACAUGACGUUUUAUAAACGGCAAUUUCACGGUAUCGAAAAUGUCACAAUUAGAAAUCUUUUAAAACCGAAUUAUAGCAUUUCUCCAAACAUAAAAUUGAAAUAGGACGUCAUUUUCUACCGAAUGAGCAAAGAGAAUGAAUGUAUAAAUGACUGUUUCCAUGAAAUAUUACUGAAUCUUCAAGGUCAUCGAAAAUCAACGAUAAAAAUGCAUGCUACCCAAGUAGUCAUUUUUUACAGAACAUAGUUUGCAUGCAGCCGGAAGGACGUUCGUUCUAAAACCGGCAUCUACAGCUAAGUGAAUUAUUAUACAAUUAUUCUCCACGAAGAUUCGUUUUACAACACAACUUAAUUAUUCUUUUCAAAACAAAAAGGCAUUUCGGAAUGUGGGUCGACAUUUCAUGAGUUAGCCCACCUACUGUUUAUAUUAAUACGUGCGCGUCUAUUCUAAAUUUCACUUCCUAGGUUGCCUGAUUUCCAACAUAUACCUAUGUAUUGUAAUAUGCGCAUCCCAAGAAAGAAAAUUUGAAGAAAAUCAGUCUUUCGUGAAAUUUAGCAAUCUUUAUUUCGUAAAUUUUCGUCUCCUAUCCCACAGACCGUCGUCAGACGUGCAGUAAGUGUAAAAAACAGAUACUUUUUAAAAACGCCUUAAAAAUCGAUAAUGCCUUGUCGUUUCUGCCAGUAAGUCGAUUCUGUAGGAUGACAUAAUGUUUUGAUUUGCCAUUGCCUUCUUCGUUUUCCAUUGGGAUUUAUGCUUGCACACCGUAGGGAGAAAGUUGACUACCUCGAUAGAAACGGUGCUGCCUAUGACAUCCCAUGCGUCAUUUCUGAUACCACCCUUUUGUGGAAAACUGGGAAGUUUGUCUCAACCCGUGUAAAAAAACAUCGGUCAGUAGUAAAGUGACAAGAAAAUCUAUCCCAGCUGGACAAUGGGCACGAAUUUGCCUGGGAAAACACUCACAUUGUUGGCGCCCUCCCAAAAAGAAAAAAGUCAUGAAUUCCUGGGAAAAAUGCAGUGAAAUGAGGCAUGUAUCAGCUGGCAUAUGGAUACAGAUGGCACAAAGAGAUUUCUCAGAGUCAAAUUCCGGCAUGCACAGUCAAUGCCGAAGUGGUGAUUAGAUGCAACAAACGUGUACGGGCGCUGACAGCAGCCAACCGUAUAAUCCUUGUUUAGCCACGGGUAAUAAGUUAGAAAGGUGGGUAGUUAUGUAGGCGCUAUCAUUGAAAAUUUUCACAAGCAUAGUCAUAUUUUUCGCAAACAACGUCAUCGUUUUCUUAUAUAUGUAUUUGUUGUCUAACUCUUCGAUUCCAAUUCCCAAGGUCAUACUCAGACGCAAAAGGGGAGUAAGCGUGUCAGAAAAUUAACAUUUUCCGUGCGGUUACAAAAUCGACACUUGUUUGACAUUUGCAGCCACCGUGCCUGUCUGUCUGUUCUGAUUACCUUUCGUCUCUUCCGUACCUCCCAAAUAUUUCCGUACGCGGUAUCUAAUUCGAUAUGUCGUUUAAUGCGUGACUCAUCUAAUUACACGACCUGGAGGAAUUCUCAGUAUUUUUGAUAGCGCAGACAAUGAAAAUAUGAGAUUUUCCCCAAGCGAAGGUUUGCGCUUUGUCCAAGGUAUGCACGGCUGUUCGGGACAGAUGGUCUAACCUGUUUACUCCAAAUUGGCGCUCGUGAAUGCGUACAGACGGGGAUUUUCCAGUUCAACCACGGUAAAUGAUAUCACAUGGGAUCUUGUUGAGCACGUCUUUUUUGUUGACAUUGCUUACCCUAUUAAUAGGGUAUUAAAUCUCAGUGCGUUAAGUAAUCGUCGGUUUGUGUGCCACCUAAAUUUGACGCUCCCUUAUGUCUCUUUUAACGCGUUCAAGCAUAUUUUUAAUGUAAGAAUGCCGUCCGCAGAGUAUUUGGCAUGAGCUUCUGAUUGUACCCAACUGGUCCCUUUUCCUUUGACCCCUGCUGUCUACUGAAUCAGCGUAAAAAAUUAUGGGAAUCUGUCCUGAAAAAAAUAAUAUACACAAGUAAUUUAGUUAUACUCUGUAGCCUUCUUCGUCAGAACAAUGUGUUUGUUGACAACACUGCAUUUGUGAAAGAUAGGUUGAUCGCCCCCAUGAGCUAGAACGAUUUUCGCACAAGUUUCUUUGCGGUUCACCGAUGUGCGUAGUGUUUCGUUAGUCGUUCUCUGUAUGAGCGCAUCCGGCAACAGGGAUUUAAUGUCCUAUUCUUUUUUGAGCGUGAAUUUAACUCCCAAAUUCGUUGCGUUGAUAGUGCUAUGGAUCGUUUCAUUCUGGUUAUUUUAACGGCAACAAAUCCGACGUUGGCAUAUCGCAGCCACAAUUUACAGUUAACAAAUGAGAUAUACAGGACCUGUAGUCUAUGCUCUGUGAAUUCUGUGAGAAAAGUACGGACGGGUGACUUCAUAGGAGCUCCUUUCAGAUGCUGGUGGCAUUUUUGGUCGAAUACCAAGUUGGUUUUCAAACAUAGGUCUAUGAGUUGAAGUACGGCUUUUGCAGUAAUAUCUAUGUCGUACGACUGAAGGAGGUCAUCAGCGGAAGUUACGAUUCCUUCUAAUAUUUCUAAUUUCAAAAUUUUUCGUAAGCGGGCAAAGCUUGCUGGAUUGGCAUUUUGAAAUAGCAUAGUUUUGUGCACCGUUGAAUGAUGAUAUCUGCGUCUGAGUAUGACCUUGGGUAUUGGAGUCAAAUAUCUAGAAAAUUAAAUUCCUUUUUUAAUAUCAUAUUUGACUUUAGUUACACACCUUCGGAUGCCUACAUUCCACUGUAUAUGUGUAUAUUCAUUGGGUAGACGCGUACCCUAAAAAUACUAUUUUUAUAACAAGCAAGUAAGUUCAGAAAAUUUAUACAUGUUUUACGCUGGCUUGCCAGGCCGUCAUCAAGAGUGCGGUAAAUGUUGCAUAAUCAGUCAAAGUUUAAGUGUGCGUGAAGUAAAUCUAUUGCUCUGUCAUUCCUAUCAAUGAGCAGUUGCUGGCGUCCGGCUUCUCUUGCGGAUUGGCUGUAGCCUUUCCCAGUUUUACUUGAGAUCAUUGUAAAUGGCGUCUAAUUUAAUUUGCCACCUAAUGCACGAGUCACCACAGUGAGUGGCAUUCAGGAUUUUUUGACUAGACACAAACGAUGCAAGGUUUUGUACCAUGCAAAUUUUUAAUUUCGUCUUUUUCCUGACAAUUGGUGCUCAUGUUCACAUGCGUAGGCCGAUGGCUGGGUUCCAAUACAGUACCUUACAUUUCAGUCAUCUCAUAAAGUAUUGUAGUAAGAACCUUCCUUAUCUGUAUAGCCAACCCUUUCCGUAGGGCAUACAAGUGGGGUGCGCAGUUUAGUUAUCAGUUUGUGCGCCACUUGUAUCUGCUUCUUUUUGCGGUAUCUUUUAACGAUUCCGAAGACAUUCUUAAGGUAGACAUUUAUAUAUACACAUAUAUACAUCAAGUAAAUCAUUUCAGAAAUUACUCAGUGUAGGAUACCUAGUGAAGUCUCUGGGACAUGACUUUUUAUGGAGAGAACCAAAAUUUCAAUGACUACGUGAGUCAAAGACAAUCAUCUACUGUGGAAUAACCACAUAAUGCCCAUUCUACAAACUAGUUACCACAAGUAGUACGAAAUGUGUAUAUCGAACGUCUUAUACCGUACUUCCGACAUAGGUACAAUGAAAUUUCGGUUCUGACCCUAAAAAAGUCAUAUCCCGGAGACUUAAUUGCAAGUCCUGCGCUGAGUACUUUCUGAAAUUAUUCACUUAGUUAUUCUCUAGUGUUCAUAUACUAGAAACCGCAGAGGUAAUGCUGGGGACCCACUGAUGAGCCGAACCCCUCGCAGCCGUGUCAAGCAGUGGCAGAAUGUAGGCGAAACACGUGUCUGGGGUUUUAUUUAAUAUCUGUGUUGGGAAUAGGGUUCAGUAACUUUAGCACAUAUAUAGGUAUGAAUUGAAAGAUAGGCAACCCGAUAAAUAUAAUUUGAAGUCAAAGGCAUUGUUGCGUAAAUUUUCGACUCCAGUUCCCCAGGUUGCCGUCAGACACAGACUGAGUACAGAUGUGCCGACAGCAGUUAGUAUCUGACAGUGCACUUGGAAAUCGAUACUUGAUGGCGUUUGCGCCUGUGAACGAUCGCUACCUGGGUCAUUAUUUCUCGAUUGGCUCUCCGCUCAUCCAUUUCUCCUUGAGAAUUUUGUAAGCGCCGUCCAAUUCGAUAUGUUGAUUGAUGUACGAUUAAUCCUAGUGCGUGGUGUCGAGAAACUCGGCCUUUCUUGAAAGGGUAUAUAUGCAUAGUAGGUGGGCCAACUCAUGAAAUGUCAAACGAAAUUUCGAAAUGUGUUCUUGUUUCGAAAAGAUUAAUUAAGUAGGGUUGCAAAAAUAAUCAUGAUGCAGCAUACAUCUAUAAUGAUCCAGUUACCUCAGGGUGUCGGCUUUCGAAUGAACUUCUUUUCGACUGCACCGAAGACCUAUACUUUUCAAAAAAUGACUACUUAAUUAGCAUGAAAUUUUCUCAUGGAUUUUCGAUGUCCUUGAAAAUGCAAUUAAAUUUCGUGGAAAAUAUGCAACCAAAUGCUCAUCUUUGUUUAUUUAUUCCGAAGAAAAUCAGAUCUCCCUUCGAUUUUAUACUCGAAAAAAGGGUAUAUUUUGGUUUCGAAAAACAUUUCUAAUUCCCGGAUAAUUUUGAACCCAAUCUGCUGUUACACUUGCGUUCAAGGUUUCAAAACUACAAGUCGUAUAUUUUCCGUGUAGGGAAAACCAUGCAUUUCUCUACGGUAUUAAAAGGAGACCAUAUGGGGUUCAUGAAAUUAAGCAGUGGAUUUGAGCAACAACGUUAACUAUACAAACAACAUUCGUAAAUGCAGAUACAUGACGUUAUAUGAAUGGACACUUCACGGUAUUAAAAAAUCUCACAAUUGGAAACCUUUUUGAAACCGAAUUAUACUAUCCAUUCGAGUACGAAAUUGGAAUAAGACAUGAUUUUCUACCGAAUAAGUAACAGAAUGAAUAAUUUUUUUGCACGCUUUCUGAGAAAUAUAAUUGAAUUUUCAAGGGCAUCGAAAAUCAAUGACAGAAUUGCAUGCCACUUAUGUACUCCUUUUUUGAAGACUGUGGGUCUUGCAUGCAGUCGAAAAUAAGUUCAUUCUAAAGCCGUCACCCUGAGGUAACUGAAUUUAUUAUAGAACUAUGCUGCAUGAUGAAUAGUUUUGUAACCGUACUUACUUAAUCUUUUCGAAACGAGAACGCAUUUCGAAAUUUCGGUUGACAUUUAAUGAGUAAGCCCAUCUACUCUAUCAGGAAUGGGCGCACACCGAUCUAUCGACUGAACGAAGCAACCAAGCUCCGUAUGGGUGGCAAAGAUUGCGAACACGUAACCAAUUACCAGGCCGAAUUCGGCCAAUUCAUAAUAGCAGAGAGGAAGGACGACAGAGAAUGCGGGUAGAUAGAUACAGCAUUGUUUCGGGCUUAUUGUGCCUUUAUUCAGCUCGAAACAGUAAUGUAUCAAUCUACCCGCAUUCUUUCUAAUCCCCCCUUGCUGCUAUUAUGAAUUGGCCGACUUCGGCCUGGUAAUUGGUUGCCCGUUCGUGAACUUUGCCACCCAUACGAAGCUUGUUUGCUUCGGGAAGCCAAUGGAUCGGUGUGCGACCAUUCCUGAGUGAAUAAAUACCCGAUCUGCAGUGACAGAGAAUGGCAGGUGGCGAGGCACUGAUGAACUUCGGUUCGAUGAAGUGCUUAUGACCCAUCUGGUAGACCCCAGUGGUGGACCAGCUGCGUCAGGUGCGUCUGGGCGCAUGUUUGUGUUUCCGGUACCAGCUGCUCGUGGUCAGGGUUAUGAUUGGCUGAAUGAAGGCAAACAAGCCCGAAACAGUGCUGUAUCAAUCUACCCCCAGACUCUGUCGUCUCCCCUCAGCUAUCAUAGCUUAGCCGACUUCGGCCUGGUAGGUGGUUGCCUGUUCGUGACCCCUAUCGCCCAUACGAAGCUUGUUUGCUUCGGGAAGCCAAUGGAUCGGUGUGCGACCAUUCCUGAGUGAAUAAAUACCCGAUCUGCAGCGACAGAGAAUGACAGGUGGCGAGGCAUUGAUGAACUUCGGUUGGAUGAAGUGCUUAUGACGCAUCUGGUAGACCCCAGUGGUGGAUGAAGUGCGCCAGGUGCGUUUGUCGCGCAUGUUUGUGUUUUUGGUCAUAGUUUUUGGUCAGGGUUAUGACUGGCUGAAUGAAGGCACAAUAAGCCCGAGACAGCACUGUAUCAAUCUACCCGCAUCCUCUGUCGUCUCUCCUCGCUGCUAUAUAUAUACGGGAAAAAGAGGCGAGCUCGUGAUCCAUAGGUUUGAUAUCCUGACGUUUCAAAAGCAAACAAACUUCCAAUUUCGGAGGUGGGUUCUGUACGGCGCCUCACAGUAUUAUGGAUACCGGGCAUGCCGGCGUUCUGUCCUUCCCACUGCUAUUCGCGCAGGAUAUGUUUGGGGGGAGGGGGGAGGAGUUAAUUACUGUCAUGCUUGUCUGUUCUUUCCUUCCUCCCUUGUCAGGGCGCUGUAUCGCGAUGGAAACGGUAAUUGACCUCGUCUGCAUUGCACGCAUUUGUUGUGCCUGAUCCGCGUUUUUCGUAAUUAUCCGCCGUGUGCGUCUGCCCGUGUGCACCUCAGUGGUUGCUGGCCCGCUGCCUGUGUCGCCUUUCUCAUCGGGCUGGUGACCACCGUCAUCAGUGAUUGGUCGCGAACUGAGUUCACUUGGGUUAGCGUUCCUGACUUCCUGCCUUCGAGCUCGUUGAUUGAGCUGCACUCGUAAGGCCUGGUAAGCCGCUGGGAGAAUCGUGCAGCGGAUGAUGGAAGUUGGUAUGAUGUGCCAGGCUUCGAGCGUUUCCCCUGGCCGUCUGGUCGGUACCUCGGCCUAGGAUUUCGGGUCUGUUGCCGUUUUCAGGUCUCUCCAACGUAGAUUGCACCACAGGAACAGCAUUGGACACGAUAGACGAUUUUUGCUGUUUCGUAUCGUGACAGGGAAGCCUUGGGUCUCAUGACGAGACGUCUUAUUGACGCCUGAGGUCUGUGGGCGACGCCGAUACCCAGUGGUUGUAAGAGAGGAGCGGCUGCUUAGGAACAUUCUCGAUAUACGGUAGCGCCCGCCACACUUUUGGUUGUUCUGUCGUUGGCCUUAUAGCUUUCUUUGGUUGCCUGUUACGUUCGAUGAAACUGUGAGGGUAACCGUCAGAGAUGAACAUCCACCAAAGAUAAUGAAGUUCGGCUCCUUUGUCGACUGUCUCGCUGCAAUGCGUUUCCGCUCUCUUGUAAAGGGUUUGCACACAGCUACGUUUGUGGCACAACGGUCGGUUACUGUAGUAACUGAGGACCUGACGUGUUUUGGUGGCCUUUGUGUACACCGUCGUCUCUAGGCUCCCGUCGGUUUUGCAGUGGACCAGGACGUCCAGGAACGCUAGUUGGUUGUUGACCUCUGCCUCCAUUCUGAACUGGACGUCCGAAAGACAGAGUUCAGGAUCACGUGAAAUUAAGAGACCAUCUCGCGCUUGAGGAUGACUUAGGUAUCGCCCACAUACCGUGCCCAAAAUAUUGGUCUGUGAUUUGCGAACACCAGCGUCUCUAACUUUUGAAGGACCACCUCAGCAUUUAAACCAGAUAGCGGCGAACCCAUUGAAGUUCCUUUGAUUUGCUCAUAGAUCGUUCCUUCAAGGGUGAAAUAGGUCUUGAGGAUAAAACUGAACAUCUGCAUAUGUUGCCCUAGUUUACACCUAUUGCCUCCACCGUCAUGUUGACUAUGAAGUAGAUGACUUACAGUUUCGAAUGCAAGAGUCUGAGGAAUUGAGAUAAAGAGUGAGGUAACCCGCGUUUGCUCUUCUGCUCACUGAGCUGCGUAGGAGGGCCUGGUAGGCUUCGGGAAAAGUUAGACAGCGGUUGAUAGAAUUCGCGCCCGUGUGCUAGACCUCGAUUGUUUCCCUGGAUAUGCGGUCAUUUCCUCGGCCCAGGAUUUCGGCAUUCUAGAAGACGAAUGCGUGCUCAAUGUUCUGCCACCAGAGACAACGGGUCCAUUCCCUUUUCUGCCCUCAUGUGUUCUCCAACACGAGUGUGCACUCGUCUGCCGGCCUCUCCAAUAUAUUUCACUUCGCAUUAGCUGCAUUGGAUCCGAUAAAUGACCUUUCUUGUUUCACCGCGUGGCAGAGGGCUCUUAGGUCUCACCAUCAGAAUUCGAAUUGAUGACUCUGAUAGAUGGGCAAUGCCGAUUCCCAGUGGUCCCGGGAGACGGGAGUCCGCCUCAGAGACGCUGCAAAUGUAACGAAGCACCCGCCAGACUUUUGGCCCUUCUGCCACUGAACUUCGGUUUGUCCCAGACUACCUGAUGUGUUCUACGAGGUUACGCGGAUAUCCGUUCUUCAUGCAAAGGUGCUGAAGAUAACGUAUUCCUGACUUUUUUCGUCUGGCUCGCUUUAGUGUGUUUCUGCCCCUCUGCAUAGUGUUCGUACACAGCUGCGUUUGUGGGACAAAGGGUGCUUGCUGUGGUAGCGCAGGAUUCGGCGCGUAUUGAUGGCCUUCCCGUGUACCGUUGUUUUUAGGUGCCCAUUAGGUUUUCGGUGAACCAGUACAUCCAGGAACAGUAGUUGGUUGUUGGUAGAAGGGAGCUCUCUAAUCGCAUUGCGGAACCCACUGCUCCCGUUGUGCCUUGGGAUUCUCUCUCUCGAGCUUAACCGGCAGCCGCACAGCGGGAUGUAAUAUAGGCAGAAUGGUAUUACUGGCAAGGAAAAGGGAGACUGGAAUGUCCUGUUCUGGCUUAUUAGCCGUCGUUCGCCAGUCAUCCUCAGCCUCAUGUGCCAAAAUUUACAAGACAUCGCUAAUAUUUUUGAAACCACCCCAAAUAUAAAAAGUAGAAUAAGCAUACAUCGGUUCGGGUCUAAUGGACGUCUGACGUCUUGAGUAAUUAUUUCUCCCACCCAUCUUCUGAGAAUAGAAAGUCAUUUGUACGGCUCUAGUUAUAUGGCGCACUUUGUUUGAUGCUUGCCCAGCCAGUGCCGCAUGCGUGACCGCAUCCGACCCUGAUGUCACAGUGACCUGAGUCACCCCGCCCACGCCGACCGCGGAGACAAUUGACGCGCCCGAUUGUUCCGUGCUGUGACUGUCCCCGGCCAAAUGCAGCGAUUGGCAGUCGGUGGACAUCCAGGUUUUUUUUACCUGGCUUGAUGUAUGAUCAUUGCCACGACCACGAUGUCAACGACGUCAAAGAUGAAGAUGUGUCCCAUUUGCUCAGCGUGGGUUUCUGUCUCCGACUUUGGGUUCAACCUUCGCACGGCCAAGUAGUGCUCGUGCAUUCUGGUUUGCAGCCAUACACAUCCAGCAACUGAACUGAAGUCGGUAGACAACAGCCGACGUCUCCUGUUUAGGGAUAGGGUCUUCUGGACAUGUCACUUGCCGGCGGAUUGUUGAGUCGGGCCUGUGAGCAAGUUCUAUUCCUAGUGUCGCAAGGGAUUUAGCCACGGCUUUAGAGAUCCCUUUCAUGUACGGAGUACUCCUCCACAAUGUUGGCUGACUAUGCUCUUCGUUUUGCCUCUUUUGCUGCAUUGGACUCCAUUUAAAGAAUGCUCGCCGAUAGCCUUUGAUUCUGAAGAGUUCCUGGAAGAGCUUCACCUCGUUCAAUUUGUCGCCUGGCAUGCCGGAAUGAGUUUUCACCCGUCGGUAUAGCCUGCAUACACAUUUUCGUUUUCGUUGCAAUGGGCGGUCGUUGUUGUAACUGAGCAUUUACAGCGGGUUUUUCAGUUUUCUGUAGACUGGCAUUGCCAGUUUGCCGCCCGGGUUGCGGCAGACAAGGGCCUCCAAGAAUGGUUGUUUGUCCUCCACUUCUUUUUUCAUCGUGGACCGUAGGUCGGGAAUGAUCGGAUUUAUUUGCUCCCCGUAGUAGUUACCUUUAUCUCGACCGAGGAUCACGAGGGUGUCGUCAACAUUGCACGCCCAUAACUUGGGUUCGUACUCCUCGAACUGUCGUCUACAGAGUUUUUGCAGAACUGCCUCGGCAAUGAGCCCAUCAAAGGGUCCUUAAUUUGCUCCUAUAUGUUACCUUCGAAAGUGAAAAAUGUUUUGAGGCAGUGCGCCAUAAGUUCUAUGAGAUUCUGAAUUGUGGGCUGGCCAUCGCCUUCAUUUUAAUUUUGACGCAACAGCCCGUUGAGCAUUUCGAUCGCAAUAUCCUGUGGUGUAGACGGGAGGAGUGAGAUGACAUCAAAUGACACCAUCCUCUCAUUCGGUUCGAUCGUGACCGCCUUUAUUUUGUCAAGAAAAUGCUCUCUUGAAUGCACUGUUGUUUGCAGGCACGCGGUUAAGAAUCUUAGCUUCUGCAAUUGCCAGUUUACAAGCCUGUAUGUGGGUGUGCUUCGUAGUGAGACGACUAGACGGAGGCAACAUCUGGCUUGUGCAUUUUUGGGAGACCGUAGCAUCGUGCCAUACCUGUUUCUGUGGGUUUCGUCAUAUACCCGUCUUUGAGGAUGAUGAUCUUGUCUUUCUUUAGAGUCAGAAUUCAGUUUACCCUCACCAGUAUUGACUUUAAACUGGCGAUAUUGCUGACUUUGUAGGGCUCCCGGUCGUUCAAGGGCAGGAGGUCUUUGUUUCGGUAGUCUACCUUAUCGAGGAUAGCGCUUGACUGGCCUCUGUCAGCAGGCAGAAAAACGAGCUCUGUGUCUGGUUUUAGUUCUCUCGGAGUCAUUUUUUCCUCUCCUGGCGGCGAGUGGGUUUUCCGGUACGGCAUGGAUAACGAGAAGAUUAGACGUCUAAGGAGGUCUUUUGCCUCGGCUGUCGCGCCAGUUUGAUGUAACAUUGGUUCAAAAGAAGCAAUGAAGUAGACCGAAUUAUCGUCCGUUGUGUUAAAACCGGAUCUACGUUGUGGAACCCUUGUUUGGGCCACCGUAAGAUGUUUCAUCUGGAGGUUACGUAAUAACGUUCGUUCAAGUUUCUGAGCUUGUGGGGCCUGAAGUGCCAUGAACGUCACCGAUAAGUUUGCAUCCCUGUUAACGCGCUUCUGUCGUUACAAUUAUUUUAGGGUGCUCUCCACUGUGGUGGCAGUUGAUUCACCACAGCGACGUAUAACAAGCAUCCUGGAGUUUUCAACACUGCAUGCGUACUUAUUCAGUCGGGGGUGACAGUCUAGAGUGAGCACUCUUGUCAUUCGCCAACUAUGACGCAACAUCGUUUGUUUAGCCAAUUCCACGUUGACAGAUGACCCGUGGGAGAGGCAUUUUAGCAUAACAUGGUCGGCAAGACAUCUGUGUAGGAAAUGGACUUGUGCAUAUUUUGAGGCCUGUCGACUCAGUUAAGGCGCUUCGCGACCGUAAUUCGCAUCAAUAGUAGUGAAAAUGCGAUUCCCAUGUAGCAUAUCAAAAGAAUAAGAAGAAGGAGCUUCAACCCUAGGUGACAUAAUUAUUCCAUAUGUCGGACUUCCAAUAAACCUCUCCCGGUGAGUGUUUCUUCUUCUUUUGAUAUGCCACCUGGGAGCCGCACUUUCACUACUACUGACAUGCCACAUCUAUCGACCAAAACUCCCAAUUAGUAUUGAACGACUUUAAAUUGCAUGAAAACACGAAAAUAUUGAAAGUAAUAUUACACUCUUCGGAAAAACAAUUUAUUCGAAACAAUUAGAUGAAGAAAACGCCGAAAAUCGUAUCAAAUGAGCUAGCUUCCGUUUUAGAAGAACAGGAUGUCUGUACAUAAAAAUAUAUGAUUAAAUAAAGCAACAUAAAUAGAAUCACAACCAAAGAUGGUCUUUUGUUGGAGUUUGCACUUAAAUCGCCUUAAAAAAUUAAUGUAAUGCCAAGUAUGGCGGUUAGCCAACAAUGAGUAUAGAACCGAAAACGAUUUAAUGAUUCUUGGAUAUUUUUUCGGUUUUUGCGUUGGUCGAGAUACAGAUGAUUGAGAAGGAAGAGAUUUCGCCUGAUUUCGCCUAUAAGGACGUAACAGGAAUAAAAGUUCUCAUAAGGUGAUAUACUGGCAGACUGAUCAGUAUCUAACAAAUUUGAAUAGAAUUAGCAGUUUUAAUCAUAAACGGACCUUUCGUCCGCUAAACCUCUGUGUCGUUUUUGUGUCGGUGAAUCGUGUUGGGGUUCAGCGUCCUCGAAAUGUCGAUGAAUACCUAAGGGUUUCCUGUGUCGCCAAGCAACUGCCCACAAAGAUACAGUAGAUUUACUAACUCAUGAAAUGUUAACCGAAAUUCUGGAAAGCGUCUUCGACUCGAAGAUAUUACUUAAGUAGUGUUUGUAAGAUUAACCACCGUGCAGCGUCGUCCCAUAAUAGUUCGGUUACAACAGGAUGCCGGCUUUUGAAGGAACACCUUUCCGGCCGCUUUCAACAAUCGCACUAUGUAAAACUGACUGCUUAAGUAGUGUGUAUUUUUCCAUUGCUUUCCGAUGACCUUGUAAAUGUGAGGAUAUUUCAUAGAAUACAUGCAAAAAAUUCAUUAUUCCGAUCAUUUUAUGAAAACUACGUUUCCCUUAUAUUUAAUACUUAAAGUAAGGGUAAAAAUUAGUUUCGAAAAACGUUCCUUAUUCACGAAUCAUUUUGGACCUGACCUGCCGUUGCAUUUGCAUUCGCGGUUUCCAAACUACGAGCUGUAUAUUUUUCGCGUACGAGAAAUCGCGCAUUCCUCUAUGAUAUAAAGAAGAAAUCAUAUGGAGUUCACAAACUUUGGCAGUGGAUUUGAGACAUACUUUAAACUUUACAAGCAACGUUAACGAAUGCAGAGACUUGAUAUUUUAUUAACAGGCAUUUCCCGGUCUUGAAAAAUCUCGUGGCUAGAAACUUGUUUAAAACCUAACUAUACCCUUUCUUUAAGUUUAAAAUUUAAAGAAGACAUACUUUCCUACCAAACGAAUGAAGAAAUGAAUAGUUUUAUGCAUAUACUUCAUGAAAUAUAUUUGAAUUUAUAGGGGAAUUGGAAAUCAUUUGAAAAAUACAUACUACUUCAGCAGUUAUUUUUGCACAAUGCAAUUUUUGGAAGCGACCGGAAAGGAGUUCGUUCAAAAGCCGGCAUCCUAUAACAAGUGAACUACUAUGGGAUUGUACUGUGCGGUGGUUAACACUACAAGCACUACUUAAGUAACCUCUUCGAGUCGAAGACGCAUUCCAGAUUUUCAGUCAACAUUUCAUUUGUAAGGACAUCUAUUGUAGGUUCUGCACUGUGUUUACCAAAUCCUUGAAAAUAUAAUAUUUCUUAAAAGCACUUACCGAAGUAGUAACUGCCGGGACAUCCUUUUUAUACCACUGGCUCUUUGGGUCAUGAUUCUAGACACACACACACACAAACAUGUAAUCUAAUCGCUGAAAAUAAUGAACGUCCAUAAAAAUUAACGUCUAUACUUCUGUCGUCCCGUUUCAUGUGUUAGGUUACAUUAUGCAUGGGUAUGCAUUAACAUUUAAGGUCCAGACAAGAUAUUGUACUCAUCUUACGACCACAGAAGACGGAGAUAAAAGAAAGACGAAUUCAUAGACUAAACUGAAUCUGUACUGACUUUUGGGAAACUCUCUCGUUUCCAUCAUCAGAGUACUGCGCUGGUUCUAACCGCUGGCCCUAACUUAUUCAGCCAUGGUGCCCUACCUGCAUUACAGCCCUGCUUGACACAAGUAUUUUGGCUUGCUCAUUGGUUGUUGGCUAGCUUCAAGCUCUCUGAGGCUGGCCAUUGGAUGGCUCGCUGACUUGUGUGCCCUCUGCAGCUGUCGUAGUUGCGGUUACGUCAACGUGUUCUGUGGCCCCCGCCUCGGCAGCUGGCAGACAGGUAAGUAGUUGCUGCUCGUGGGUAAGGCUUUCGGCGUCGCACGUGGAACGGUGACUAAGUAUGCGACGCCAUUCACGUGACUUCCGGUCAGCGCCUUCUCUUUUCUCCGCAAGCGUCGGCUUUCAGCCCCGCGUAACAUUUUUCGCCCCUCCUAUUGGCCCGAUCUGAACUGGCCUAGGUCCUGUGCUGACUGCCCGGUAGGCAGGACGUAGGCCUAUAGCUCGAUUAGGUGUGUCAGUGGAGGAUCAACUUUCCAGCAUCAACCUGGUCAUCUCAUCAUUGGCCCGGCCAAUCACCCUCUCUUUCUCAAAGGCGGAAGUAUGGCUCUGCUGUUGUAUGUGAACACAGACCGUAGACAGUUUAUUCUUGUGGCUGACAGGAGGCUGAUGUUCGUGCCAUAUUGCGCUAAGGCGUUUGCCCAGUUCACCACAGUACCUCGCGCCGCAGGUUCAACAUGGUAUGCCGUGGACUACUGCUGAUUGAUGGGGUGGCGGGACAUGUUUGUUACGUUGUGAUUUAGGGUUUGACUCAGAGCCCCGCAGGCAGCCACAGAGCUGCUUGCAAUUGAAGUAGAAUGAAAUUAUCGACAAAGACAAGAGGUACUUAAAUGGUCAUUUCCGACCUAUAAGGCGUCAUCAGCCGGCUGUGCCUAAUGCAAAAGUGGCUUUUUCAGUCUCUCUUGUCCUUUUCGGUUUUCUAUUUCUGCGAUACAACUAGGCGAUAUGUGGCCGCUGGCGGAGCUCUUGAUUUACUCCCAAGACACAACGCCACGAGUGUAUCCUCUAACACGAUCUGUGACCAACUCUCUACUAUUAUAUAUAUAUGUAUUUAGAACAGAGUUACAGACAAAGACAAGGGAGACUGAGAUUGCCAUCUCUGGCUUAUUGGCCGUAGUGAGCCGGGACGAAUGAGUUCCGUAACGCGACCAGUAAGAACUCCUCUAUAAGAAUAUAUACAUAUAUAAAUGUUAGAGGGGCGCUCGCCGCAGAUGGGCAUGGCUGGCUGACGACGGUCAAUGACCCAGAAACGGCCACUCCAGUCCCCCUUGUCUUUGUCGGCAAUGCAUUUCUCCACCUAUAUAAAUGGUCAGAAUGGUAUUCGAAAGUUGGUCCUCGACUGGCGCUCUCAACGGAGAAGUGGGUUUCCAUUCCGUCGGCCAUGCCAAGCGCACAAAGUCCAAAUCCUUCCGGACGGGACUGACAGCACAAACGAACAGUCUGCAACCCGUCCAAGAGUUUUUAGUCUCACGGAAGCGGAAAGAGUCUGCCAGAGGUCACGUGACAGAUGCGAAGCAUCUGCCCAUCGACGCACAUAGACAGCUAAACAUGAUUCCAGUUCUACUUGACUUUGUCGGUACCCUUAUUCCUCCUAUACCAUUAGCCGUUGUGCGGCCGGCUGCGUCGAUCUAGUUUGAGACCCUAAAACAACGGAUGGGCAUGUACCCGAACUCGAUCGGUGAACACACUUACAACAAUAUAUAUGGCCAGAAAUGGCCAUUCCAGUCUGCCUUGUCUUUGUCGGUAAUGCCAUUCUGCCUAUAUCAUGCGCCGCUGUGCGGCUGAUGAUUGGGCUCGGAAAAGAGCCCGUAAGGCACAACGGAACGAGUGAGUUCCGUAAGAACGAUUGGCAAGCGCCCCUUGUCAUUAUAUAUCUAUAAAACAGCUCACUAACAGUGCAACAAGCUAGGCGCGGAUAACUCUUUACGGUCGUUGCCGGUCACCAGUACGUCGGAGGCCAUAUUAGUUGAGGUUAAUAAAAAUCUCAAGUAAGCUUGUGACUCCCUCUGUUAUGGGUCCUAUCUCUAUCAUAACCACAACAGUGGGGGCCACACACUUACUUGACAUGUAUAUGUUUGCUUGCCGGAAGAAGGUUUGUAGGAAAAUCAAGGUGUUCCCUUUUCCUUGUAUCAUUCCUGAACGCAAACUUCCCUUUUAUUGAUAUACCUAUAUGUUUUACGCGAUAAAGAGAAAAUGUGCCUUCCCCGACAUACUAACUCAUGAAAUGUCAACCAAAAUUUCGAAAUGCGUUCUCGUUUCGAAAAGAUAAAUUAAGUAGUGUUGUAAAACUAAUCAUGAUGCAGCAUAAAUCUAUAAUUAUCCAGUUACCUCAGGGUGUCGGCUUUCGAAAGAACUUAUUUUCGACUGCAUGCAAGAUCCAUACUCUGCAAAAUAUGACUACUUAUGUAGCAUGCAACUUUCUCAUUGAUUUUCGAUAUCCUUGAAAAUUCAAUUAUAUUUCAUGGGAACCAUGUAUAAAAAUAUUCAUUCUUUUACUUAUUCGGUAGAAAAUCACGUCUUCUUCCAAUUUCAUACUCAAAAGAAGAGUAUAAUUCGGUUUUAAAAAAGUUUCUAAUUGUGAGAUUUUUUAAGACCGUUAAAUCGCCGUUCAUGAAACGUCAUGUAUCUGCAGUUACAAAUGUGGCUUGUAAAGUUGACGAUAUUGCUCAAAUCCACUGCUUAAUUUUAUGAACCUCAUAUGGUCUCCUCUUAACACCGUAGAGAAAUGCAUGGUUUUCCGUACACGGAAAAUAUACAGCUCGUAGUUUUGAAACAUUGAAUAGAAGUGUAACAUCAGGUCAGGUUCAAAAUUAUUCGGGAAUUAGAAAUGUUUUUUAAAACCAAAGUAUACUCUUCUUUUCAGCAUGAAAUUGAAAGAAGACGUGAUUUUCUACCGAAUAAGUAAAAGAAUGAAUAUUUUUAUACAUGGUUCCCAUGAAAUAUAAUUGAGUUUUCAAGGGUAUCGAAAAUCAAUGAGAAAAUUGCAUGCUACAUAAGUAGUCAUAUUUUGCAGAGUAUAGAUCUUGCAUGCAGCCGAGAAUAAGUUCUUUCGAAAGCCGACACCCUGAGGUAACUGGAUAAUUAUAGAUUUAUGCUGCAUCAUGAUUAGUUUUACAACACUACUUAAUUUAUCUUUUCGAAACGAGAACGCAUUUCGAAAUUUUGGUUGACAUUUCAUGAGUUAGCACAUCUACUGUAACUGAGAAGGUGGGGCGAUCACGGGAACCAUUAAUUUAUUGUCCUGACCUCUCGAAACCAAACAAGCUUCCAUCGUUAGAGGCAGAUUACGUACAGCGCUUUACAGUAUUUGUGUACUUGCCGGCAUGCCACUGACUUCUGGGUCGUUUGCGCGCUGUACAGAGGGUGAGUGGUUAUUUUCAUGACGGCAGAGGCUCACUCCCAGUCCCUCGUCGUGAAAGGUCGUCGGGGUGACGACGAUCAAUGACCCAGAAACGGCCAUUCCAGUCCCCCUUGUCUUUACCGGCAAUGCAUUUCUCCAUCUAUGUAAAUAUAUUCCAUUCAUAAUCCUUCAAAUAAGAAGAAGACGAAAAAAGAUGGAUUCAUAGACCGCAAUGUAUUUGCCCUAACGUUUUGCAAACUUCCGUUCACGCUCCGCGUAUCCCGCAUUCAUGCCUCGUUCGCACCUGUCCGCGAGCGUAUGCACCGUGGUUGCUAAGCUGGUGUUGACAUCGCUGGUGCUGUAGGGCUGGCGAUCCCGUCACUGUCGUGCAUUUCCGACGUGUUCUCGUGUCUUCCGGCAUUCUGAGCCAACAGCUGGUCUCAUAAUUUUGAGGUCGUCAUCAGGUGUCCCUCGCCUGCACUCAUGUCCGUGGUCUCGCUCGGUUUGGGUUUGACCGUCGUUGAGUCUGGUAUGACAUCCCACCAACGGUCUAGCUUACCGGUCGGCAUCCCUAGGGCUUGAUUGUCUGCUGGAGAACUCAAACAGCGGUUGAUGAGGACAGUUAUGGUGUGCAAGGCUUCAAGCGUCUGCCUGAACGUUUCGUAUCUCCCUCGGUCCAAGACUUUGGCGUCUCGGAAUGUGAAGACAGUGUUUGAAGUUGCGCAGUGUACAGUCUUUGUAUUGUUCUCUUGUGCUCAUUCAUACGGGUCUGGAAUCUUUUACCGGGCUUUCCGAUGUAGUUCGCCUGGUGGGAACUGCAUUAGAUUCGACGGACGGCAUUUGCUGUUUCAACUCGUGACAGGAGGUUGUUGGUUUCAUGACCAGACCCCUAACUGUUGCCUCGGGUCUGCGGGCGAUGCAGAUACCUAACGGCUACAUAUGACGAGCAACUGUUUCAGAUGGAUUUGCAUUAUAUGGUAACGGCCGUCAGGCUUUCGGUUGAAUCGCUGUUGGCUUUGUAAUUAGCUUGGACCGUCUACUGCGUCCUACAAUGCUGCUGGGUCCCCGCUGAAAGUGAACAUUCACGGACGAUAGUGGAGUUUGGCCACUUUGUUGGUGGGUUCGUUUUCAAUGAGCAUCAGCUCUUUUGUAGCGAGUUUGCACACAGCUGCUUCAUGACAUUAUGGGCGGUUACUGUGGUAGUUCAAGAAAUAACGUGUGUUAGUGAUUUUCCUGUAUAACAUCGUCUUCAGACACCCGUUGGCAUUAGGAUGAAUCAGGGCGAAUAGGAAUGUUUGUGGUGCCUGUCUCUAUCGUGAAUUGAAUAUCAAGGAAAACAGAGCUCUGGAGUGAGUGGGAUUUCGAGCCCAUCUCACGCUUGAGAACGAUAAAAUAUCGUCCACAUAUCGCACCCAAAAUCUUGGCUUGUAGGUUACGAAUGCCAAUAUCUCUGACCUUCGGAGGACCGCUUCAGCGAUGAAACCAGACAGUGAUGAAACCAUCGCAUAUCUUUGAUUUGCCCGUAUGCAUUCCCUUCAAAAGAAAAGUAUGUUUUGAGGCUGUUUUUUGAGCAGCUUCAUAAAGCAUCCUUGUUUAGGUGUCUUGUUUGCCUUGGUGCAUUAAGUAUCAGGAAGGCCUCCAUCAGGUUUAAUGGUCAAACUCUUCUAGAUCGCGGCAAAGAGUGAGGUCUCGUCGAAUGGUACCAUAACCUCGUCAGGGUCGAGCUGCUGCCAACUGAAUCUCUCCAAGAAAUCGACGGAUGAGCGGAUUGUCGAAUCAGAGCCCGAAGCGAGACAGGUCAGGCGUAGAAACGGCCAUUUGGCAUGGGUUGAAUGUGGGUGUGCCGCGCCGAGAUACGGUGGGGCAAAGUGGAACACCAUCUUCGUGUUUGCCUUUGAAACUUCAGGACAACAAAAAUCAUGGUCCCUGUGAUCGACUUAUCUUCUCAUAAAUUUAUACAUUGUAUAUCAGGCGAAGGUGAAGAGCUUUCUAGGGAGGAUAGUCCCCGUCCGUGUGGGAACCGAAUAGGGUUAGAAAACUUGAGGUUUUGACAGGUUGGCUUGCAAAAAGCGGUUUUCGCAUUUUAGGAACGAAGUCUCUAACCUGUAGGACAAGCCAGGCAACGGACAGAAGUUCCUGACGGUCAACCUGAGUAACCUGAUGGGAUUGUCUGAACAAACGUCACAAUUAGUGAAGUCCUUAAACACCUCAGUAUUAAACAUCCAACUUUCGCACACGAAUUAAAAGACAUUGGAAGGGCUUCUGGAAAAUUGGUUCCGCAUGACUUUUCCAAGGAGGAUCUUCCAGAACGCGUCAUUCUUUGUGAGAUUUGCCCACAUGACAUCUUAAGGAUUCAUUUUUUAACGGGGCUAUAAUCGGUGCUGAUGGGAACUUCUAAUUCAGGAACCAAAUGAGGCCUUCAUCUAAUAAAGCGUCAUACUUCUGUCAACGACUGAUCUCUCGAAGUGUUAACGGAAAUUCUGGAAUGGGUUUUCGCAUAAGAAGGAAUACUUUAGUGUUGUUGUAAUACCAAUUGGCUUGCGGCUUAAUUCCUUGAUAGUCCCAAUGCUCUCGGAUGUUUGCUAUUAAAUGCACUUAUUUUCAACCACCUGCAAAAACCUUGUUCAUUAAUUAGCAUUCGUUUUUCGUUGAUUUUAUACACCCCCACAAAUGCAUAUGUAUUUCAUAGAAAAACAUAAAAAUAUUUCACGGAUGGGAGCUAAAAUGCGAAUCCCAGGUUCUUGUUGUAAAGGAAAUGAACACACGAUCUCUGGGACAGUAGGUGUUUUAGUGGAGACCGAAAGCUCAGACUAAUACACCUACUGUUCCGGAGAUUGUGGGUUUAUCUUCUUUUUAAAAUAUUUUUUUUCUGUCCUCCUUUACUAACAAAUCUCCUUGUACAUAUUUUAUACUUAAAUGAGGAGUGUACCUACGUUUUAGAAAGAUUUGCGAUUUCCUAAUACUUUUAAACCAUAUUUAGCGUCGCACAUGUGCUAAGGGUUUUCAGUCUAGAAGUUUUAUACUCUUCUUCCUAAAGAAACUCAUAUAUGCGUCGAUGUCCUUUCUACAAGCUAUUAAAAGACGUCAUAUAGGGUUCGUGUUUUGCAACUAGUGUGCUUAACGCUGUAUAAUUCAUAAAGAGCAUUAAAAACGGACUGAUUCGAUUUUAUUUGAAUGGGCACUGCCCGACCUUAAAAUAUCUCAUGAAAAGAAACUUCUAAAAAUGAAAAAUACGCUUACUACCUUAUUUUUGUCGGUUAUUGUAUUCUGCAUAGAUGCGCCUUAUCAAGAAACGUUAGCGGAAAUUCUGUAAUAUGCUCUCGAUUCGAAAAGCUUACCUAAGUACGAUUGAAAUAUUAUAUAUUUUACAUUGUAAUCCCGAGAUAUUUCAGCCACUUUAGGGUGCCGGAUUUUGGACGAACUUAAAUUUGGCCGCCUGCAAAGACAACACUCUGCAAAAAUUUUGUAUGAUCUUUAUCCAAUUGAUUUUAGAUAUCCCUAUAAAUUCAAAGAUAAUUGUAAGGAUACACGCACAAAAAUAUUCUUUCUUAUACCCAUUUGGUUCAAAAGGCAGAACGAAUGUGUCAUAGGCAGUUAAAAGUUUAAGAGCGCACAGAAAAUCCAUGAUUAUUUCGCGUUUGUGCCAGUAGGCGACCGCUUUGCGUGUCAUGUAGUCUUAAUUGACUCUCGCCGUUGCCAUUUCUGCCUGAGUACACGGCAUCCAGCGCAAUGUGCCGAUUGAUUUAUGACUCGCCCGACUGCCUUGCAUCGAGGAAUUCUCGAUUUUCCUGGAAGGGCAGACACUGACAGUGUGAGUUUUGUCUCAGGCGAAAGUGUGCGCCCUAUCUAGGGGAUGCAAGGUCAAUUGAGACUAGCUGUUUUGUCUCUCUACUGCCAACUGAUGUUCGUGAAUGUGUGUGCAGGUCUUUUUCCAGUCCGACCACAAAAAACGGCAUUACAUGCGAUCUUGUAGAUGACUUCUUCCCUGAACAAAUAGCCAACCCUAUCUCUAGGGUGUAAGAAAUGAUUGUGCAAAGUUAUCAUAGGUUUGUGUACCACACGCACUUGGUGUUUCCUCUGUUGCCUUUCAACGACUUUGGACGUUUUCUCAGAGUCAGUUAGUGUUCGCCGGGUUUUCGGUUUGGGCGUCUGACCGAAAGAAUCCAGCUUCAUUUCUUCUAAAUCUUGGUUCCUUAUUCACCGGCGUAAAAAAUUUCUAGCUUACUACUUCUAAAAAAAUAAUUCGAACAAAUAAUUAAGUUCAACUGGGUAAUAUUCUUCGUCAGGACAGUGUGAUUUUGGUUGAAGCAAAAGGCUGUUGACGACACAAAUAAAUGUGUGAGAGAUACGAUCUUUGCUUCCGUAGUGGAAGGUGACAUCUGCAUGGUUUCUUUGCGGCCAACAGAUAUGCGCAGUGUUCGGCCCGCCGUUUGUUGUACAAAAAUAUGCUUCAACUGGAAUUUGCUGUCAAACUCCUUUUUGAGUGUGAAAUUAAUCCCUCGCAGUGCUGAGUUGAUGAAGACAUGAAAUGUUUCCCAUUAUUACUUUUUAACGACAUAAAAUAGAUCUUUUAAAUCUCGCAGCCAGAAUGUAAGAUCAACCAGCAAAAGAUCGAUAGCGUCGAAUUUCUUCAUUGUCACCUCGACAAGAAAGCCAGGCACAGGUGACCCCACGGGAGGUCGAUUCAGUUGUUGAUAAUAUACAUGGUCGAAUGUGUUCAAGUAAGGGAAUUACGAAAGCGCCUUCGCUGUAUCUUUCUACCGUCCACUGUACGGUUAGAUAUAGCAGUUUGAAUGUGAACAAAGAAAUGCAAUCUUAGGAGAACCUUAUCUCAGCAACCAAAAUUGUAAAUCUUCGUAAUUCCUUUAGGAACUCUGUAGAAUUACCAGUGGAAGUUUCGCAUCUCCUCCUCCUCAGUGGGCGGAGCUGGAGGAAUAGCUGCUUAGAAAUGUCGUAGUCGGACGCGCCGACUGCAUGAACUUUAGGCAGCCGAUAGAUCUUAACGAUGGUCGGUUCAGUUUGUUGAAAAGGUUUGGCAAUAUCCCAAAAGAACUGGCUCGUUCCUGUAAGGCGUUUAAGCACUUCGUUAGUAAGCGACAUCUGUGUCUGAGUAGGGUGCGUGGGAAGAUAUUGACAGGUUGAUCAUGAAAGUUUACUGUCAAGUUGUACCAGCUAAUGGGUCAAUUCACUAUCGAUCAGUUUUCUCAAUCAAUAUAGCUUCACAAUUCGUACUGAAUUGUGCCUGUCUUUCUAGAAACACCCAGUCCUACAGUCGAUUUUGGGUACAGUCAUGACUCCAAAUCCUCCCCCUCUGCUCGUUGGAGAUAUUUACAGGCAUAUCGUCUCAGAAUGCAAGUAAUUUCAUUUAUAGCUCUUCCAUAGAUGUCUGCAGACUGUCUAGUCAAAAUAUUCUAUGUUGCCGAAGUUUACUAUCUAAAUUGGCAUUGCAAGAGUUGAGAAAAAAGAAUUGCGUAAUUAUUUACCGUACUAACAACACAGGUAAUAGCUAAACGCUCAGACACGCAUGGUAAGCAAUCUUGUGCCGCUGCCUGAGGCAGCUGCAAGGGGUUCGGCUCAUCUGUGGUCCCCCAGCUUUCCCAUUGUGUCCUCUGGUAUACAAACUUUAGUUUCAGUUAGUACGAUACAUAAUUACGCAAUUCUAUACUACUGGGUGCCUGCUGGUGGUUUGUGAAUAUUACGCGGUUAUUCCGCAGGAGCUGAUGGAUUUCAGUUCAAAUAUUCAUAACAAAUUUCGGACCUUGCCUGAAAGGGUCUCUUUCGGAAGAUUUACUUCAAUUUGGCGCAUUAAUUUUGUCGGAAAUUAAAGAAGACAAGUUUACAAACUGUUAUAUUUAACCAGAGAAUUUUGACAGUUGUACACUGGAUAAAACUCACUUGACGCAUGGCUGGCUCCAAGGAUAUUGCUAUUAAUAUUAGAACAUUUUGGCACAUUUAUGGGGUAUCGAGUUCUAGGCCGAAGGAUUCAUGGAAGUUCUGUGUCAAGUAGUAAGAGUUACCGACUUCAGGCGUCCACUAUAAUGCGCAUCCAAGUUUGGGGAAAAGGAUGAAUAACCCCUUAUAAAAUGCAGCUUUUGUAUGCAUAUUUUCCAUGAAAUACAAUUGGGCUUUUAGGGGUAUGGAAAAUCAAUGAGGAAAAUGCAUGCCACUUAAGUAGUCAUUUUUUGCAAAGCAUGGUUUUUGUAUGCUGUCGGAAGGAAAGUCGUUCGAAAGCCGACAUCGUACGGUAACUGAAUUUUUAUAAAAUUUUACUGCAGGCUGAUUAGUUUUACAACUCUCCUUAUUUAGUCUUUUCGAAGUGAAAUCACAUUUCGGGAUUUCAGUUGACAUUUCAUGAGUUAGUCCACCUACUGUACCUCCCACCUCCCCCUCUCUAACGUCCAAAGAACUAAACAGAGCAAGAAGGACUUGAGAUAGGAUUAGGCUAAGUGGCCAACAAAGUAAUUGUAUCGUUCUAUGCGUCCCAUUCAUAUUCUGGUUCUCGAAUCCAUGUCAGUCAGGGUUCACAAUCUGAUAUCAUCUUGGUCGAAACUACCGUCAUAAUGCAUUCAGAACUUCACUGCAGCCUACCUCCCUGUCCGAAGGACACCUGAAAGUUGUCAGCCAAUAGAUGAUGAAUUGCCGUUUAAAUAUUCAUAUGAACUUUCGGAGCGAGUACAAAAGGCAAAGUUCCGAAGGAUUUACUCUAAAUUUGUACGGUAGCUUCCGAGGGAACUAAAAAGAACAGCACGCGAGCUGAAGGUCAUAUACCAGUGGCCGGACCCCCUCAUUUGCGUCAUCCAGCGACACAAGGCGGGUGAGAUGCGUGUGCCUGGGCUCUCAGCCAACACCUGUGCUGUCGGUAUGGUAAAUCCUCCAGGAAUAGCAUAGUAUUUCACUUUAGAAGACUCACUGUACUCGUCGAGUUUAUUAUUAGGUUUUUUUUCGUUUCCUGAGCUGGUCUGUCUUCGAUUACGGCGGUAUUGUGUUUCCUUGACCGCAAUGCGGUGAGUCAUAUUUCGGUCGUACAAACAGUUGAUGGGGCAGUGUUACUAAUGCGAAAUGAAACUACAGCAGGCUGAAGUCGACAAGUUUUUGAGCGAACGGUGUAUGGUCCGUACACUCUUCCAAUUGCAUAAAACGUCAUCCAGUUUAUUGGUGUAGCCAGAUGUCCAUAUAAAAGAGCACAGCUUCGGAGAACAGUCCUCUACCCAGGCAGUUUGUAACUUAAACUGCCAGUUUAAUCAGCGUGUAUCUUAAUGCCAACUCAUAAUCCCUGACGAAAGACAGCUCUACCAGCCAAAUCUCACUGACGCCAAUGUAUAGAAACUGAGGCCAGUUAUCAAACUUCAUUAGAAAACCAGUGGGACAUAAGAGAUAUUAUCUGGCAGCUUAAGGAACGUUAACAAUCUAUGCUAGAGAAAUACUUAACAAACGGUAACAGAAGCACCGAUCAAUUUUUUCGAGCAAGAUAGCACGUGAUCAAAAACAUGCCUAGUGAAAACUCGUCUGCCGCCACCCCAUAGAUGUUACUGAAGUUGACCGCUAUGCACUUCAAGUAGAGUAGCCAAACCACAACCGCCUAGACGACCGUGACGAAAUCACUGGAGACCGCACCCUUUUCUUUGUAAUAGAGCAAAAACAUAAGAGGCAGGUACACCUGGCAUCUGCUUCUAGCGCUCGUCAGCAACAAUAGAUUCACAUGCUUCUACUUAUCACAACAAACUACUUGUACUUUUGCGCUCCUCAAACCCGUCGACAAAAAUUAGGCAAUCGUGGGUUACCAAGGCCCACGGUUGCUAGAGUGCAGGGCGCGGUUUUGACCACUAAUCACCCAAGGCAGCCAGCAAAACCUUGGCAUGACUCAUCGGACACGUAAAGCGAAGAUUAUGAAGCAAAUGAGAAUUCAAGUGCAUAGUGUCAGCAUAGCUUCUUGCACUUCAAAACUAAGUAAAAUGUUACUAUCGACAAAGACAAGGACGACUGGAAUGGCCAUUUCUGGCUUAUUAGCCGUUGUCAGCCAGUCACACCCAACUCCGAAGUGUGGAACACCCGAGGCUCGCGAUCUGUUAGUUAGAAGUCCACGCCUCUAACCACUGGAUCACGGGCCUGUUGUCCUGUCGGUUUCGAUCGGGAAUAUACAAUGGUAGAGGGGCGCUCACCGAUCGUUCUUACGGAACUCACUCGUUCCGUUGUGCCGUAUGGGCUCUCUCUCGAGCCCAACCAGCAGCCGCACAACGGCGCAUGAUAUAGGCAGAAUGGCAUUACCGACGAAGACAAGGGAGACUGAAAUGGCCGUUUCUGGCUUAUUAGUCGUCGUCAGCUACUGGGUGGGCUCGAGAGAGAGAGCCCGAUAGGCGCAACGGAACGAGUGGGUUCCUUAAGAACGAUCGAUGAGUGCCCUUCUACCAAAAUUAGGUAAGUUAAUUGUUCGACCUUUACUGGCACUGCGGACAGCACUUGGCACUCCUGAGAUAAACGCCCAUUGCUCCCAGUUUCUGGCAAUGAAUGGUAACGCAAUAAUUACGGAAUUGCCGGCUAUUUGUUAAAAAGACGGAAAGUCCGACAGGAGCAGAUGGACUGGAGACGUCGCUGUUCUGUUUCAAUACAUUUUACCACGAAAUCUGUAGACAGCACCAGCCUCCUAUUUCUCUGAAGCCUCCAGCCAGAACACAGUUCAUCAUGUGCAACCCGCGACAAGGGGCUGGUACUUACGCCUGUAAGUUUCGAGAAUUCGGGAGAUGUCUGAUCGUCAGGGUCGUGGAAACUAUAAUGAAAUGGGCAGAAAUAUUGCUCAAGCGACGUCAUUAAUUUUAUCUGUCACUUCAUUUUUAAUUGAUGUAUCAGUAUGCAUAAAAAUGUAAGAAAUAAACCGGUCAAUCGUGAGUAUAAUUAUAAAGAACAGAGUUUCCGAAAAUAUGCAGCAUGACGAAAUUUGUUAUUAAAAAGUUGUGGCAAAAUUUUUUUACACGCCGUAUUUUUGGCGCAAUUAAACAAAAAGCUUUUCAUCUCGCUACAGUACAUCCCUCAGGAGAAUAGAGUUCGAAUGUGAAAAACGGGUGUAAAUUAAACAAGUGUUAGGUAUAAUGUAUAAGUUGAUUAACGGACGGAGAAAUGGGCACGACGACCGCUGCCCUUUAGGGUGGAAGUGGGAGGAGAAUGCACGGGGUUAUCAGGUGGAAACGAAGCCGGGCGAUCGAAGAAGGCAUUGCGGCAGGUGAAGAGGGCUGGUCAGUUGGGGUGGGCGAAGGAGGGUCGGUAUAGGCCACCUUCAUCCGGUCGACUGGUACCACUUCGGUGUUCUCACCGGGGACGAUUUUGAAAUUUUUGUCCGUGCGCGACAGGAAUCAAAAUGGUCCCUCGUAGGGCCGUUGUAGUGGCUUACGCAAACUAUCUACGUGGAUAAAUACAAAAGGAGACGAAGAACAGAAGAACACGUUAGCAAUUCAGGCUCAAUAUAUGACUUACUUGCUGGAACGCAUGAAGGUACGGGUCAGAGGUAAACCAUUGUUUGGCACAACCGUUGGACAUAAUCUGUUGCAUCUAGAUCGGCAAAGCCUUGAGGUGAUCCGAAAAUGCCGCCGGAAGUUCGUAGGGUAGUCUCGUAAGCAAGUUCGCCAGUGGAAAACUCCAAACGGGGUUUGAGCGAGGUAUGGAUACCGAGCAUGACCAAAGGGAAAUAAGACCCCCCCUUGGUGCAGCAUAUGGGGCUUCUGUAGGCGGGCAAGCUAUGAUGUUGCGGGGUUCCGUGGCGAUAACUAUUGAGAGUUCUGCAAAGCAUAGUGAAAUUUCGUAUCAUCUCGUGUAAUCUGGCGGUGGACGAAACAGGACUUUACAACGCGCGGCCACAACGCGAUGUUACCAAACAAUACGUCUGGAAGGACAAAGGUUUAAAUGCUGGCUAUCAUGUGGCUGGUGAAAUCGUUGGACAUAAUUAGUUGAUGUCGCUUAGGGGCCAGAUAUUUGGGGUAGAUGACUGCCGCGUUGACACUGAGAGUGAAGGGUACCGCUCGUAUAGGAUGAAAAGGUGAGGCAGCGGGGAUAGCAAAUAAGGUUUGGUUAAAAUAAUCUGAUCAAUAACAAGUAGGAUGAGGAUGAAUCCAACUGGAAAUAUUCAUGCACAGAAAUGAAACAGAAGGCGCUAUGGACGAUACAUGGUCGUCAAUGUAGGUAAUAAGCCGGUCUAUCGCGAGUAGAAUUAGGAAGAAUAAAGUUGCCGUAAAUAUGCAGCGUGGAGAUACUCGUCAUUGAACGUUGCGUCAAAAGUUUUUACAGGUGGUAUUUUUGGCUCACUAAAACAAAACGCUUUUUCAUGUCACUACAAGGGUAUCCGAAAACACCAUAGACGAGAACAUAGCCUACUGAAAUAAGCCCUCGCAACAAAAAUGUCUAAAGGGUGUGGGUGGAGGUUGAUCAAAAAGGGAGACGACUGAUCACUAAGCUAAUCAAAUAUCAACAGGCUGGUCCCACAUAUCCCGCGUCGAUAAUGUACUGGCCACUUCACCGCACUCUGUGAACCGACGAUGUUAAGCAUCCUCUAAACUGCCACUUAAAUAACACUCUUUGGUGUUCGCCUCAUACGUAAAUAAUUCGUUUGGCUCAACUGUGAAUAAUUCGGCGGCCACGAUGGAAUUCGAAUAGAUGACAGCAAGAGCCAGGCAUGAGAUACCCUAGGAGUAUGCUGCACGAUAUUUAUUAUUUCAGUCCCACUUAAGCAACCGUUUAUAACAGAAAAUACAUUUCAGAAUUGCGGCUAAUAUCUCAUGAGACAAGCCAUAUACCGCAAAUAUAUGCAUAUAUGAUGAAGAUAGAGGGCUCGUCGGAAAAAUCGAGUUGUACUCGUGAAUUUUCGAGCUGGCGACACCAACCCGCCGUCAGACGAAAUAAACAGUGGAGAAAGUGAACUGGUCAGAGUAAAUUUGUUGGCGUGACAGGGCAGCCAUUGACACGCAAGCAACUAAUGUAUGAAUGGGGGUGGACAGAUAAUUGGGCUGUGAUCCGUGGCGGGGAAGGUAAGGGGGAACAGUUGCGACUCCCUGUGUUGGAGGAUGGGGAGGGGAUGACGAUUCAAUGGAACUAUGGGCAGUGGACUUAAUGGUCGUCGAUCCGGCAUGCGGGCAGAGGUCAGUAAGCCCAACGUAGAGGUGUUACGGGUUGCAGUUGCGGUUCGCUGUGUCGGGGGUGUGAUGGGGUGACGAAAUAGUGCGAUUCUACAUGGCCCAGUGUGGAUUAGCGGCUGUUGUUAGGUCGUGGGCACAAGUCAGUGAGUCGGACACGCAGACCUUCGUAAUGAGUAUCUAGAUCGACAUGGCGAUUGAUGCUUGUCGUGUUAGAGUGCCAGGCUUAGAAGAAUUCACGAGCAUGUUUGGUGUUCGCCAUGGCAACAAUUUCAGUUCCUUCCCAAUUGAAGCGAUGGUCGCAUUCAAGGGAGUGCGCAAACACGAGUGACAAGUGGUCACGUCGGCGGAUGGCUAGUUUCUGCUCGUUUAUACGCGUCCCAAGUCGUCGGCCUGUAUGACCAACAUAGUCGCAAGUGCAGUUGGCACAUGGAAUGCGGUAGAUGACAUUGGUUUGCUGCUCUUUAGGUAUAGGGUCUUUCACUCGCGAUAGUGUUGCGCGCAAAGAGGACGCCGGCUUGUGGGCAAUGAAGAUGCCAAACCGGUUUAGUUGCCGGGCGAUCGUUUCGGAAAUAGCCUGCAUGUAGGGCAAAGAGUAGAAUUUUCGAAGUUCUGAUCCCUCAUUAGAACCAGUGCCUUGUGGUUGUCUCUGAUGCCUGAGACAAUUUUUUACAAAGCUGACCAUGUAUCCGUUGAGCCGGAAUAACCGAUAGAGGAAAGCGAGUUCUUUCUUAAGUAGAGCACCGCGGCUGCAGCAACGAUUGGCCCGGUGGAAAAGGGUUCGGACACAGCGCCUUUUAUGAGCCGCGGGAUGGUUGCUUUCAUAAUUGAUAAUGAUGUCGGCACUGGAGUCUUUUCGGUAGACGCUUGUUGCAAGGUCGUCAUCACUAAGUGUUUUGAUACUAACGUCUAGAAACGGGAGAAUGCCUCCUGUUGCCUCUUCGCAAGUAAACUGGAUAGCUGGGAAGACGCUAUUCAGACUCAGAUGUAGUUGCUCAAAUUCGCAGGUCUUCAUGAUAACAAACGUAUCCUCUACGUAUCGGAGCCAAAUUUUUGGUUUAAAGGUCCGCAUAACUUCUUCUUCUAGUUGUUGUAUUACGAGUUCAGCUAGUAGACCUGAUAUUGGCAAGCCCAUUGGUGUACCCCUAAUCUGUUGAUAAAACUUUCCAUCGAAUUGGCAGUCGUUCUUAAGACGGAGUCUAAGAAGUUCUGAAAUGUGUUCUAUUGGAAUGUUGGUUGGAUUAUCUUGCAGGCGUCGGAUUACGCUCUCAAUUGCCAGCUCAUGUGGUAUUUAGGAAAACAGGGCAACCACAUCAAACGAUAGAAUACACUCGUCAGGACUUACUUUCAGGCCUUGGAUCUUCUGGAGGAAUACCUGAGAGUUUUUGGUGGUAUAUUGUGGUCCGUUGGUGAGGUGCUUCAAAUGCCUGUAUAACCAUUUAGCGAGGUUGUAGGUGGGCGAUCCAAUAAGCGGCACUAUGAUCCUCAAUGGCGCACCUUCUUUGUGCACCUUUGGGAGGCCAUAUGCAUGGGCUAUUGGGGGGUCGUUGAGAGUCAUACAUCUGGAGUCAUCGAGGUUAUGAGUUUCAGUCGAGUGAGCUCAUUCACCUUCUUUUUCACAGCUGCGGCUUGCUUUUUAGUCGGGUCCUCCGCGAGUGGUGCAAAGGCUUCCCUGUCGUUAAAGACUUCGUUCGCCUUGUUGACGUAAUCACUCUUUUCCAUGACGACGGUCGCGCCACCUUUGUCAGCAGUCACAAUCACAAUACUGUGCAUAUAUGUAUAUGGCAUUUGGCGAGGCACUGGUGAACUUCGAUUCGAUGACCCAGUGGUGAAUCAGCUGCGCCAGGUCUGUGAGCAUGUUUUUGUUUCCUACCCCAGCCGAUGGUGAGGGUUACGACUGGCUGAAUGAGGGCAAACAGGUCCGAAACACUACUGCAUUAAGCUGACCCCAGACUUUGUCGCUUUCCCUCCUCAUUCACUCGUCAUCAUAUGCACCAGAGCAUCGUGAACAAACUCUACAACAUAAGAUUAACUGUGUUGAAUACUGCAGAAAUCAGAAGUAGUUUUGACAGCAGGGGAUUGCCGACAAAUACUAGGGAGACUGGACUGAGCAUUUCUGGCUGAUUAGCUGUCAGCAGUCAGUCAUGUCCAAUUUUAGGCCUGCAGCAUCUCUGGCCUGGUCCCGCGCUCCUUUGUUUAUUAGUCCAAGCCUAUUAACCACUAAGCUGCGGCCUUGCCGUCUUGUCAAUUGCGAUCGGAUGGAUCAACUGUGGAAAAGGGCACUUACUGGCCAUGUUACGGGACCUGUGUGUAAGGUUGACGCUUUGCUGCUCCAUCUAGAGUCACGCGGGCAGUCGACCAGCGAUUUGUGAUAUAACACGCCGGGACGGGCAGGUCCCAUAGAUCCAUCGGUGGGCGCCCGCUACGAUCAGUAGACCUUUGCUAGCAAAGUACUUUUUGGCGGCAGUCAGAGUCGGCGUGCGGUCAUUGUCUCCUAUACAGGCCGCAUUGACUCACGGAAUGCGUUGUUCGAGUUGCGCUGACACUGCAGGAAUCAUUAACUGUAUUUUGCGAGGGUGUGGCCUCGAGCAAAUUUAGACUUUACUGACGUCAACACUCGUUGUUUGUGCAAUGCAGCGGCAGGUGUCAGUAGGUGAGCAGUCGCCAAAUUCUAUGUCGGCAGUACAUCACGGUUUCUUUUGAUUUCGUACCCUAUGUAAAUAUGCAUCCGUUACGCUCCAUAACUGUUAAAGUUCGUGUGUGUGACACACUCUUGAGUCAAGUUAAGCACUGUGUCCCUUCUCAUCUACAGCUGGCCUACAGGCAAAAUAAGUCAUUGACGUAUGGAAAAAGAGAAAUAGAAGGGAGGUGGAUGCAGAGAUACCUCCCUUCACAGCGAUUCAGGGUAUUUCUCGCAGUGAUAAGCCGGACAUGCCUGAAAUUAUUGUGGCGGGUUAGAAAUCGUGACCUAUAAAUAUACCGAAUGACGGGAUGAGUCUGUUUUCCUCAGUGCACUUUAGGCCACCUGUGUGUUUUCUGGUAAACACUCCGAAUUUCUGUCUUCACGCAUAGACCUUAGUAUAAAUUGGUUUACUCCAGGUUCGCACUUAAUUUCUGAGGAAAUUAAAAAGCAAUAAUUUUUAAACUGGAGUACCUGCCAAAAACACACGGGGAAUUCUAGGGCGCCCACUGAAGAGCCGAACCCCUUAAGGCUGAGCCAUGCUGCGGCAGAAUAUUGGCGAAACACGAGUGCCUGAGCUUUUACCUAGUACCUGUGCCGCUAGUAUGGCAUCUUGUGACGCUAAAAUAUAGUGCUAGCUGCUUUUUUAAAGUUACUGAAUAUAAGCGGUUUUCUAGCUGUGGCUGAUGGACUUCGACGCAAAUAUUCAUGCGUCAAAUUUUGGUCUGCGCCUAUAGACUUUUGUAUGCACUGAUUUGAUCCAAGUUUGUAGUUGAUUUCAGAGGAAAUUAGAAAGCAACAAUUGCAGCUGUAUCAUUCCCUGCAGUUUGCGAUUCAUGGAGACUUACGCAGUCCGACUUAGCCAUGCCGUGGAUCAGUGCGGUCCUCAUUCUGAUAUAAUUUCACAGUGAGGCAAUGUGCGCGUGUCCACACGCACACACCAACUCAGACCGCCGUCCAAAAAUAUUUACUAACAAAGAUCUACUUAUGUUCUUUGCAGUAGGCAGCACGGCUAGUCCAACGUUAGUGGGGCUGGCUCACAGAGCUUGGGCGCAUAUGACGACAAGUGGGUGACGAAAUUGCCGAACUGCGUGGGAGGGCUCCAGCCUGCUUACAGUCUCCUGUGAGAAUGACCUUCUAAAUGAUCGAUAGAUGUUGCGUGCCUCUCAUGUACUCCUUGUUUUGGAAACCAUAUGAAUGCAGACACGGUGACCUCAAAGCGACGCCCACACGGCAAAAGUAUAGAAACACGAAACCAGAGGACGCUCAAGGUCGAAUCAUAUUGUCUCAUUUUCAGCUAGAUACUUCGACCUGACCACGAUUUUCCGAAGGCGUCUGUGUGUCACACUGCAUCUUCUGCGAAUCUGGCAAUGUUUAUCCAUGCUACGGGGUGACAUUAUUGGAGGGUAACCUAAGCGCUGCAGGUUUACUGAGAUGUAUGCGGUAGAGUAAGGAAAUAAUGGCCGUUAAACUAUGCCCAUCCAGCUAGAGCAAUGAAAUACGAAGCCUGGGGAUACGUUGCCGAGAAUGUUCUUUUUUACGUACUGAUCUCGAAUAAAGUUGCUGCAAGAGGUCUGACGCUGUACAUGCCAUUUCCGUAUGACAGAUUACUGUUGGGAAAUUUCGCUGAACCCCACUUUCGGCAAAUCUGUUUUGUUCUGUUAUCAUUCUUUUUGUUGAAGUAAGAACAGGUGGGAUACUGAAACAGGAAUUAGGCUCCUGAACUAGCAUAUGCACCACAGCAAGGAAAGAAAGUAGACUCCGAUCUAUAGCAUGUAUGUCAUAUGCCAGGUAGCUUCCAUACGUCUGCAGUGCCAGCGUGUUUCAGCCACAUUUCCUCUAAGAUAUAAAUAAAAAGAGGCAAAGGGUUUAGAUUUCAGAGCAUUAAGUGAAGCAUCAGUUGGGCAACAAAUUAGAUUUUUGCCAAAAUUAAAUCAAAUUCUCUUGGCGCUGGCCUUAAGUUUUCCGUCUAUUCCAACUGAUUAAAUUUUCUGUUUAUUUGAUCAGGCCGUAAUAGCCCUGUUAUACCUAAGUAACAAGAGUAUAUCGAGUAGAUAGCGCAUUUUUGUUAUAAGUAUAUCGAGUAGGUGGCGUUUUUAUCCGACGGACGUAUAUCAAGAAAAUACAGAUUUCUCGAGAUACUCAAAAAACGGCGACAGCAGAGCGCACCGCAUUCUUUUCAACCCCAUUACCCAUGGAAAUACUAAUGUCUGAUACUAAUUCGAGCUAUACUGUUUCUGUCGUCCCUUCCAGUCCUUCAAAACCUCCUACUAUAACCUUCAUUUGAAUGACAAACAUAUGAAAACGCAAUGCACCCACAACACUUUUACAGUCGCACGAAAGAGGUGAUGUGUUUUUAAAAAAUAACAAAAACAAACACGUACAUUGCUCUCCGAGAUGUCCUAGGUUCAUUUCAUGGCCGUCCAUCGUCGAAUCAGACGCUUACCCCGUCGAAGGUUUGGGGAUAAGUUUGUAAUUAAUCAUCAUGGAGGACCUACCAUUGGCUAACGUUGAGUUGCUGUGCUUUGGCACUCUUUUUGUUGGAGUAUCCAGCGACCUUUUAAGUCGUUUUAUAAGGGAUAACUCUAUGUCGGCAAGGCUAACCUUGCAGCCAGCAUUUCACAUCCUAAAGAUCUCAGCUAGAGUUGAAACUUAAUGAAGAUCUACCCGUGACGGUUUCGUAUCCUGUAAAUCUUGAAAGGCCUUCCUCCAUUUCCACCUUUCCUUCCUUUUUUUCUGUGGUCGCGAGUCCGAGCCUCGGGUGUUCCACACUUCGGGGUUGGGUAUAACUGGCUGACGACGGCUAAUAAGCCAGAAAUGGCCAUUCCAGUCUCCCUUGUCUUUGUCGGUAAUGUCAUUCUGUCCAUAUCAUGCACCGCUAUGCGGCUGCUGGUUGGGAUCGAGAGAGAGAGCCCGUAAGGCACAACAGAACGAGUGAGUUCCGUAAGAACCAUCGGUGAGCGCCCCAUACCGUUGUAUAUUGCCGAUUGAAAACCGACAGGGCAACGGGCUCGUGGCCCAGUGGUUAGAGGCAUGGACUUCUAACUAACAGAUCGCGAGCCUCGGGUGCUCCACACUUCGGAGUUGGGUAUGACUGGCUGACGACGGCUAACAAGCCAGAAAUGGCCAUUACAGUCUUCCUUGUCUUUGUCGGUAAUGCCAUUCUACCUUCUGAAGUUUACGUGGAGACUGAUUACAUCAGGAAAACGGACGUGGGGGUCAUUUUAAUAAAGUUGUCUAACGAACGGCCAUCUAGACGAGCGAGGUAUGAAAACUAACGAACUUAUUAAUGAAGGCAUAGUGGCAAUAGGGUAAAGGCACUAAGAACAUAGACAGGAUAAAGAGGGUGAAAUCACACCAUGCACUCCACGCUGUCGUCACGAGAAAAUGGCUACAGCCCGGGGGGUGGAUGGAAGAGAAAGAAAAGGUUUUCCGGGAACGAGCCCUUUUUUCUCUCAUCCUACGAUUCAUGACCAAUAAUUCGCCAAAAAAAGACUUUUUUUACUUGGGACCUUGAACGUUCUGGAAUAUUGCGGCCGAUAGGGUGUCAGUCGGGGAUUGGCCGUUUCGCGUACGAGAAUCCCCUCGCGAAAAAAUCUCGAAUGUUCGACUGACCAUUGAUUGGGCCGCAUGCGCGAGCCAAGGCACCACACGUGCUAGAUGUUGCACUACGCGCUGGUUGGCUGCUUACCCUCAUGUAAUUUGCGCUCAAGUCCCCGCCCCCGCGCCCACCUUGCUGUGGGGCACGCGGUGGAUAUCGUCGUGCGUGUGGUCAAACUGUCACCAAAAUAAUCAGCCUAGGUUUGGAAUUAAAUUAGGUAAAGACAGUUGUAAGAAAUAAACGGUGAGUGGCCUAUGCGAUUUUUCCUCUCAUGUCCGGUCCCUUUUUCAGCUUGGUCGGGGCCACUUAUCCGGGGAUAUCAUCAGUGUUUCUCUGGGGGCAGUGUUAGUCAGACUCCAUGUUCCCACGCCGCCCGCAUGACGGGGUCAGCGUGUUGAGGGCGGUGGAGUUGGGGUGAGAGGGGAGGGGAAGGAGAGGGGUUCCGGUGAGAUUGUAAGCGCUGUCUGCAUGUUAAUCACGCGGAGUGUGUGUGACUGUUCUCAGGGCGGCGGGACGGCGUGCGAUCACCACCUGGAGUCGGUCAGGGAAGACAGACUGCUUGUAUCAACGUCUUCUGACAACAGAACGCUGGGUUCGCUAAACGAAUGGCCACUGCUUUAGCUGUGGUUAGCAGCCGUUUGCGCAGGCCCUUAGAUAACUUUUAAGGCUUCUUUAGCGUCGGCUUGGUGGUUCGUAUCGACUAGAUGUGCGGGACUAGAACUUGAAAUCGAUCGAUUUUUCCCUCUACUUAGCCAGGCAGGAAUUAUUCGCCUACCCUCUUUACCAGGCGCCUCGCCGUACGGCCAAUAUAUCCCGCUCCACAGGAGCAACUGAAUGAAUAAAUACGCAUGGAUGUAGCCUGUAACGGCAGUCGGUCUUUGCUCCCCAACCGUAAUAAGGGGGAGUUUGCAAAGAAAACACGUAAGUUCGCAGCGAGGAAGGCACUCGAGAGAGCAUCCACCACCACCACCACCACCACCACCACCACCACCAUCAUCAUCAUCAUCAUCAUCAUCAACAGCAGCAGCAGCAGCAGCAGCAGCAGCAGCAGCAGCAGCAGCAGCAGCAGCAGCAGCAGCAGCAGCAGCAACAGCAGCAGCAGCAGCAGUAG